AUCGCCACAGCCGGGAGUCCCUCAAAUUUUUUGGUUGAACUCUCGUUUCGCCGCCCAAGAAAUUGCCGAUUUUGUUGGCAAGGUUGCAUUGUUGCUUGUUCGUUGCUAAUCGCCGACAUAAACCCGCGGUAGUGGAGGCAUGGCUAAUCGCCGACAUACCAAGGAAGGAGGAGAUGAUCGGCAAGAGGAGGGAGAGGGCGUCGUCGUCCUCAAGAAGGACGUGCUGGACUGCCCCGUCUGCUCCACCCCCCUCAGCCCUCCCAUCUUCCAGUGCAAACUAGGGCACUUGGUCUGCUCGCCCUGCCGCGACAAGCUCCCGGGGAAGAAGAAGGCCUGCAGCGUGUGCUCUAAGGCCGUCUCCAGACGAUGCCAUGCGAUGGAGCGCGUCGUCGAAUCCAUCGUCGUGCCGUGCUCCAACGCCGCGCACGGCUGCACCGCCAUGAUGGCCGGCGGCGAGAAGGCGGAGCACGAGGAGGCGUGCCCGCACGCGCCAUGCUUCUGCCCGGAGCAAGGCUGCGGCUUCGCUGGCACGACGGAGGCGCUCCUGAACCACUUCGACGCCGAGCACGAGUGGCCGGUCACGGCGUUCAAAUACGCCCAGCCGUUCGACGUGCCCGUGAAGGCCGGCAUGCACGUCCUCCACGGCAGCGAAGAAUACGAAGAAGACGAAGAUGAUGACAGCGACCUCUUCCUGCUCCACGUGGGGCCCCCGGACACCACAAUGCGCGUGGUGUCACUGGUCCGCGUCCAGGCACACGCGCCGGAGUACGAUAUCGGGUGCUCCGCGAGCUUCUCCUGGUUCAGGGGCCAGACCCAGGUCGCGACGCUGGACACGAUCCAAAUCUCAUCGCUCUCUAGCGGGGUGCCCGACUGCCGCUUCUGCAUCGUACCCGAGGCUCCACCCAUGGGCGACGGGCUUGCCUUCCUCAGUGUCACCAUCGAUGUGGAUGUCGAGGAUGACGACGAGCAGGAGGAAGCGGAUGACGAGGAGGAUGAGAGCGAAUGGAUGCGCAGGAUGGCCUGGGUAGAGGUACCUGCCAACGGUGAUGACGAGGAUGAUAAGGCGGAUGAUCACAAUGAUGAUUGACGAACUCUCGCAUUUGGAGCUCGUUAACUAGUCGUUCAAGGAUGUAUUGAGACUUCAUACAUACAAUCUGGGCUUUUAGCACAUUGCAUUUGAUUUUUUCCUUGAA